UCACUCCUCACAACUGAAUGCUCGCAAUUUUUCCGGCAUGGUUCAUAAUCGAAGACGACGAAGCAAGAAACGUUUCUUUCAUUCCAUUUCUGAAACUGUGGCUACUUUUUAACCCAAUUGUCCCUUUUUUUCAUCUUCUUUCGUACCAAAUUUCCCCAAGAAACAUGAGCUCUAUCACUGCCGCCGAAUUGAAUUACAUUGUCCACCGUUACCUUACUGAAUCAGGUUUUCAACAUACAGCCUUCAAUUUUGGAUUCGAGGCAGCUAUUAACAAGUCCACCAUUGAUGGAACUAAGGUUCCACGUGGAGCCCUCGUUACUAUUGUACAGAAAGGGAUUCGAUAUCUUGAAAUGGAAGCAAAUUUGAACGAUAAUGAUACAGAAGUAGAUGAAGAUUUCUCAUUCAUCCAACCAUUUGAUCUCAUCACCAAAAAUGUCAACCAACUAAGACAAAUUGUACAAGAGAGAAGGAAAGGUAAACAAAAGGAGAAAGAAAGCGUGGAGAAAGAGAAAGAUGUUAAGGAUAAACCAAUCAAAAGGAAACUUAGAAAACUGAUCAUAGAUGAUGAUGAUGAAGAAGAAGAAAAAAAUGUACAAAACCUGCCAAAAGGUAAGUUUCUUGAAUAUCUCAUUUCAGUUUGAACAAAUUAAUAUCUAAUCUUUCUAUUUGUAGGACCCACACAACUGGAUAUUUCUACCUCUUCAACACCUCAAACUCGUGUGAGGAUUCUUAAAUCAGAGGUUUUGAACUUGAAAGGACACACAGAUGGAGUUCUAGACUGUGCUUGGCAUCCAUCUGGUUCACUUCUUGCAUCAGUGUCUGAAGAUUCUACAGGUAGGAUUUGGACAAUUCCAGAGAGGAGUAAUGACAGAUAUAGUUUACAACAUGGGCCUAUUAAAUCAGUUGAAUUAAAGCAUUCUAAAGGUAGAACAAAAGAAAAAAACAAAGAUGUUACAACACUUCAUUGGAAUAUGGAUGGAACCCUUCUUGCCACUGGUUCCAUUGAUGGAAAAGCUAGAAUUUGGAGUACAAAUGGUGAAUUAAAGAGGACUUUAAUCAAGCAUAAAGGACCUGUAUAUUGUAUUAAGUGGAAUCAAAAGGGUGAUUACCUUGUUACUGGAAGCAAAGAUGAAACUGCAAUUGUAUGGGAAAAGAAAGAUUAUGGAAGUCAACAAUUCAAAUUCCAUUCAGGUCCUAUUCUUGAUGUUGAUUGGCGGAAUAAUUACUCAUUUGCGUCGAGCUCAACUGAUCACAUGAUUCAUGUUUGCAAUAUUGGUGAAAAUCAGCCUGUUAAAAUCUUUUCUGGGCAUCAGGGUGAAGUUAAUUGUGUGAAGUGGGACCCAACAGGUUCACUAUUGGCUUCGUGUUCUGAUGACACCACUGCAAAGAUUUGGAGUAUGAAGCAGGAGAAACACAUUCAUGAUCUAAGAUAUCAUACUAAGGAGAUAUACUCAGUGAAAUGGAGUCCAACUGGGCCAGGCACCAUUAAUCCGAACAAAAAGCUAUUGUUGGCAAGUGCAUCAUUUGACUCGACAAUAAAUCUAUGGGAUGUAGAAUAUGGAAGAACAGUGGUAAACAUGAAUGGGCACAGGGAUUGUGUGCAUACGUUGUCGUUUAGUCCAGAUGGGGAGUAUUUGGCGAGUGGGUCGAUGGAUAGGUUUUUGCACAUAUGGUCGGUAAAAGAUGGGAAGAUUGUAAAAUCGUAUAAUAGCAACGGGAGUAUAUUUGAGGUGUGUUGGAACAAAGAAGGUGAUAGGAUUGCAGCGUGUACAAAUAACAACAGUGUUUUUGUUUUGGAUUUUAGAAAGUGAUAUAUGAUACAUGAUCCUCAUCAUCCAUGUAAAAAUGGCGAUAGAUAGAUAUUGUGUAAAUGGUUAGUUGUGUUUGUGUACAGACUAACUACAUACAGUGUAGACCAAAGUUACAAACUUGUAGUUGUCAAUGUUUUGUUGACUUGAUCAUAUGAGGAACAAAGAUAUAUGGUAAAGAAAGG